AAUUCUUGGUUUUUUAGAGGUAGCAAUCAAAUAAUUACACUCGACUCUCCAUUUAUCUCUUCCCUUUCAUUACCACCCCGAAAAGUAGACCAAAGAUAAAACACAAAGCCCCCACCACUUGUUCUUUAUAGUAUUAUACCUCCAUCUUCCCUAUCAUAAAGUCUCAGAAUUCACAAUUAGCGCUUCCAAGAAUUUGAUGAAGGCUACAGGGAAGAGGAGAAAUUAAGAUUAAUUUCAUCUCCUUUGUCAUUUGGUUUACACUUAAAUUAGCUUAGUCCAGUGGCAAAUUUCUAGUUAUUUUGCAUAACUAGCCCCAUCAUAGUAUAUUCAACAUUUCUGCCAAGAAUUGGGUUAUAUUCUGCAAUUUCCUGCUACAAAUCAAACCCAAGAUUAGGAAUUCGAAGGUCAAGUUUGUAAAUUAUGGGGGUUUAUCAUCGUCCUUACCGGCUACUUGUUGAUCCUCGUCCAGUUGUGCCACCUAGCACUACUAUAAGCAAACCACACCAUGGCUACUCAAACGAAGCAAAUUUUGAUACCAAUAUGGUGAUCAUUUUAGCAGCUCUACUUUGUGCAUUAAUAUGUGCUCUUGGUUUAAAUUCAAUUGUGAAAUUAGCUUUGCGCUGUAGCCGGAGAUUCGCUUUCGAGUCAGAAAAUGCAACGGUUGCACGCUUAGCUGCGACAGGGCUGAAAAAGAGUACGCUAAGGCAACUUCCAGUGACAGUUUAUGGAUCAGGAGUUAAUAUUCCGGCAACGGAUUGUCCAAUUUGUCUUGGCGAAUUUAUGGAUGGUGAGAAAGUAAGAGUUUUGCCGAGAUGUCACCAUGGUUUUCAUGUCAAGUGUAUAGAUAUUUGGUUGGCUUUACAUUCUUCUUGUCCAACUUGCCGACAAUCGCUACUGGAACAGAACACAACGAUAUCCUCUGAUGUUGAAACUGGAUUUAGACAACAACCUGGAACUGCUGAGGAGGUUGGUUAAUUUGCAGUACCUCUUUGUUUCAAGGGGGAAAAAUAGACAAGGCAUUUGAUUAUUCCAAUCUUUGUACUACUUGUCUUCAAAAGAAAAUUUGCUUAAUCUUUUGUAUGUAGAAGGUGGUCGUAGCAUCACAAAUUCUAGGCUAUGUGGUGGAGUUAAGGUUUCUAACUCUUGUGUUGACUGCCAUCCCAUGAUGUUGCUCUAAGAAGAUAGAAGGACUUUUUGGUGAUUUGGAUGACUAAACGCAGAGUCCAUUCUCCUUUCUGUUGGGUUCUUGCAAUUGCAUACGCACAAGGGAAUUAAUGAAUGCUAUUAAAUUUUGUCUGAAGCUCAACUUGAUUAGGCUCUUGUAUAUUUAUUUCACAUGUCAUGUUUGUUUUGUGAUUCAAAUAUCAUGAACUGCAAUCAACACUACUUCAACUGCUACUUGUGUAACUAGCAGUUGAUUUGAUGGGGCACAUCACAUUCAAAUAUGUAUUAUUAGCCACAAGGAACAGAAGGCAUCAUCAGCAUGUGCUAAAAGAUUGGAAUCUUUCUUCCCUUCUCAUCACUUGGCCUGGCCCCAAUAGUAAUGAAUGUUUCAGUGUUCAACCUUUUA